UUUCUGAUUAAAAUAAAGGAAAACCAUGAGCGACGAUGCACUCGACUCGGAAGAGAUUCGCAUUCAUUCUCCUUCUCUAUCUAGUAAAAAUUCCAAUAAUGAGGAUUUAGGUGGGUCAUGUACGGAGCAGGGAGAGGAUCGGUCGGUAGAGUCUGCCAAGAACUCAGAUCACUCCUUCCGCAUGCGUCGCAAAUCAUGGGAUGAAGCGGAGAGGAAAGAGUGCUGGAGGCAAAAGCGCCUAGAAAGGCGGGCUAAGAAGAGCAUUGCGGCUGCUUCACGCAAAGCGGAACAAAACGCAGAGUGGGAGCGGUUGACAGAGGACGAAAAGAAUGACCGCCGUGCUUCAGCGAUAAAGUUGCAUGAAGAACGGCGGCGCGCCAAUGAACUCGUUAUGGAGGCCACCAAAAAGCGUCUUACCGAUCCCGAGCUGCCUGUAUUAGUGUUCGACCUCAGCUUCGCUUGGUGCAUGACUUUAUCCGACACCAAGAGCACGAUUUCGCAACUUAAGUUCAGUUAUAGCACGCUGCGCCGUGCUGGCUUCCCUUUUCGACCCGUUUUUACUUCCUUGAUAGGUAAAGAAAAACAGGAUGCUGAACACGAUUCCAGCGUGCAAGCAGAGUUGCUUCAGUCCUCUCUCAUUGAUUUUGAGGGCUUUAAUAGGUUUCCGCCCACCAUCACACUCGAGCAGCACUGGUCAGAGCUAUUCCACAAGGAAAGGAUCGUGUUCCUCACCGCUGACGCCGAUGAGAUUCUUGAAGACAUUCAACCAGGCCACGUAUACAUUGUUGGCGCCUUUGUUGAUCACAAUCGUUACAAGGCACUAAGCAAGACGUGUGCGCAAGCUCACGGGGUGCGGGUAGCUCGCCUUCCCAUCAAAGAGUCCAUUGAUCUACAAAACCGUUCUGUAGUGCUCACCAUAAACCACCUUGUCGAGGUGCUCACGUCAUAUAUGCAGCCGGAGAAGGGCUGCACACGCGACUGGGCUCGUGCCCUUAAUACGGUGUUGCCUGUUAGGCGUAUACAUCAGGAGGCAUUGGGUAGCCGCAAGAGGCGACGACAACAGCAAAAAAAUGAAAUAAUCUCUGAAGGGUAUUAAAGUCGUGCAGACCUCGAGGGAAACAGCUUUAAUCAAACUUCUUCACCAGUUUUCAUUUUUUCCUGCUCUCAACGGAUCAUUGAUACGUUCUUUUUGUUUCACUCUGUGUGUGCAUCUGGUAAUAGGGUCCUGAUGAUAUAAUAUCAUGAAUGCGACAAAAAAAA